UUAGGUUAGGAGUCGCGAAUGAAGUUAAAAUCGGAAAAUGGCAACGUGAAGUACAGCCGAGGCGAUCGGCAACAGUGAUACGAAUGGAAAAUUCUCUCAGCUGUCCCCGAAUAGGCGGUUACAGGUUAUCUCGAGUGACAACACGGUGAUAUCAACAUGGUGAAUACGGGCAGUCUCUUGGCGCAUUUUGUAAAAUUACUGGUGACCACGAUAUGCAUAAGCCACCUCGCCGAGCCUUGCCGGGCGAAGGCCUCCUCAACUGCGUGGUCUCUGCGUGCCUUUCUAAUUCUCUUGAUGCAUUCGAUCUUAGGAAUUUUUAGAUUCGGUUUUUCGUUUACUUCAUCAUCGACACCUACAGCGAAGUUCUUUCGAAGUUUUUACGACUGGUUCUCCAAUGUCAUUGAAAUUGUACCGUUAGCAUUGCUGACAUCUGGUAUAUUGAGCGCAUAUCAUAUAGAUGAAACUAUUCGCAUGCUGUUAUUGUUUCUUGGUACGGUACCGGUGUUCUUUCCGCUUGCGAUAAAGCAGAAGGAAAGUCAAAUAAGGAAAUUUCGUUUUCUGACUAAUAUCGCCGUCGUACUGCAGAUUCUGGCGAUAACGAUAUUGGGUCUGCAAAACGGCAAUUAUAACGAGGAGGAUGAUCAAAAAGUGGCUGUGAUGCGUAAAGCGUUCCAAAUGUUUGACACGACCAAAAGCGGUUUCAUCGAGACUAUGAAAAUCUCAACGAUACUGAACACGAUGGGACAGCUAUUUGACGACGGCGAAUUGAAUACCCUGAUUGAGGAACACGAUCCCGAGGGUGCUGGCAAAGUAAAUUUCGAUGGUUUCUGCAAGAUUGCCGGCCGAUUCCUCGAAGAGGAAGACGCCGAGGCGAUGCAAGAGGAAUUGAAAGAAGCGUUUCGAUUGUACGAUCGUGAAGGCAACGGAUACAUCACCACGGCUACAUUGAAAGAAAUUUUAGCGGCGCUCGAUGACAAACUCACUAGUUCUGAUCUUGAUGGAAUAAUCGCGGAAAUUGAUACGGACGGCUCCGGAACGGUAGACUUCGAUGAAUUUAUGGAGAUGAUGACUGGGGAAUAAUCGUACGCGAGAGCGAGAGCGGUGACGGAUUCGCGUUGCUUGAUCGCUAAGGAAGCAAGAAAUUUUCUUAAUAAAGUGAGAUAUUUGUAUAAAAAAGAUCGCGUGUUGUAUUCUAUUCUAUUGUAUUAUUAAUUAACUAUAACUAUUAUUAACUAUAACUUCGUGCGCGUUAAUGUAAUUUUUAAGAAAUGCAUAAAGGAACGAAUGAAAGGAAAAGGAACAAUAAAGAUUCUAAAGAUUUG